AUGACGGCCGGGCGGAACCAAUAUUAUGAAUUUUACCGUCAAAGCAGCAUUGGCAUGCAGCUGACGGAUGCGUUGGAUGAGCUCAUCCAGUCCGGUCAUAUCAAUCCCAUCUUGGCGAUGAAGGUGCUGGAGCAGUUCGACAAGUCGAUUUCCGAGACGCUGGCCACCCACGUCAAGUCUAAAGGCAAUAUUAAGGGACAUCUUCAUAACUACCGACUCUGUGACGAGGUGUGGACCUUUAUUAUCAAGAAUGCCAUGUUCAGGUUGGACAAUGGGGAGAUGCUCCCUGUGGAAAAAGCAAAGAUUGUCGCAUGCAAGCUCGGGGAGGGUAGCAACCGAUAA